ACAUUGCAGUACUUCCUCCGGAGCACAAGGGGGUACUGUAUAUUAAACAUGCACUUAAACUCCGGAGUUGUUGGUCUUUUGCUGAGUUUGUGCCGCGAGUUUUUGUUUUCUAGUUUUACCGUCAAGCUAACAACUUGACAUAAUUAUAUUUCUCACACCUUAGUGCGAUUUUUUUUUCAACGUUGUUACUUAAUUUAUGCCAUUGUGGUCCAAAGUUUCUCCGCAAGAAGAUGUCAGUUGAUAAAGACGAGACGCAACUGAGGUUAAAGGCAGCAGUCCAUUAUACCGUGGGACGCCUGUGUCAGAGGAUGGGAGAGGUCCACCGGAGAGAGUUCAGUCGACAAGUCCUAGCAGCGAUAGCCGAGACAGCUUUCAGACAGUGUGGUCAAUUUAAACACAUCCUCACUUUUUCCCCAGAUAUAUUUGCAAAAGACUUGGAGGCCUUUGCAAGGCAUGCUAAAAGAAGCACAGUGUCUUCGGAAGAUGUAAAGCUUGUAGCUCGUCGCAGCACUGCGUUGUCCAUCUACAUACAAAAUAAAAGUGAAGAACUGAACCAGGAGCAGAGGGAUUUGAAAAAGAAGAAUGCUGGGAAGAGGAAGAGCAGAGACACUGAGGAGAGAGCAGAGAAUAAGGACAAGACAAAGGCAGGCCUGUAGUGUCUCACUUGUGCCCAACAUUAAAAUAAAUAUGAAGGCUGACCAAUACAUGAACAGUUAUUU